AUGUCAACAAAGGAAGAAAAUAAUAAUGGUGAUGGUGAAAAUUAUACUUGUAAUAUUAGCAACAAUGUUAAUUCAAUGUCAACAACUUCAGCAAAAUUACCAGUAGAAACAAAAGAAAUUCAACAAACUAAUGUUAAAAUAAUAAUAGAUUUAUCAUUUGAUGAAUAUAUGAAUGACGCAGAAAUAAUUUCUUUAUCUUCUCAAUUGACAAGAUGUUAUUCAACAAAUAGAUCAACUAUAAAUCCAGUAGAUUUAAUAUUCACUUCGUUUAAUAAACCAGAUUCUGAUAAUAUUAUCAACACAUUGGAUGAAAAUAAUAUUUAUAUUAUUGGAGGAAUUGUUGAUAAAAACAGACACAAGUCACUUUGUUAUAAUAAAGCUGUAGAAGAAGGAAUUGAAACUGCCAGAUUACCAAUCGAGAAUUUUAUCAAGUUAUCUUCAAGAAAAGUUCUUGCUAUAAAUCACGUAUUUGACAUACUUAUUAAAUGGUUGGAACAUAAAGAUUGGGAAAAAGCAUUCUUGGAAUGA